ACAGUCACACUCGCGCGCCGCCCACUGCCACCCGCCGCCCGCCCGCAUCGCUCGCCGCCUGCUCACGCCCGCCCCUCGCGCCCGAGGCAGUGCUUGGGCGUCGCCGUACAGCAGAAUGGUGCGGCCGAAAGGACCUUCUAAUUACUCGCAUAUUCGUUAGUCUCCUGGCGACACGUGGGCGCGCGACCUGACCUCGGUGACCCGGGCGUGGCGAGAUCAGCCUCUGGUGAACUUCUUGGUCUUAUCUGUGAAUAAGAGAAAAAAAAAAAGGAAAGGAAAAGACAAGAGCGAAGCGGACUGCAAGUGAGUGGACCGAGCUUGCGUCUGGCCCGCCCCCCGGCCCUCGCUGGACCACAGGCGGGCCCGGCCCAGCCCUCGUGGUCCGGCCAUUCCCCCUUCCCUAACCCUUAGGUAAAGAGACGCAGUGGUUGCCCUCGAGUCGAGGUGAGGUGAGCGUGUGUCUGUGAGUUGUUUGCCGGCCGGACGGAAACAGCGGCCGACGGCAGUGCGUUCGGCCGGCGCGGCGCCAGUCCGAGCGGGCGCCGUGAGCAUGUGAGAAGGAGCCGAGUGACCUGCUAACCCCAAACGCGGGAGCGACGAUGCCCCGAGGUGGCCGAGCGCGGAGGGGCGAGCGAGGCAGUAGCUGAGGGCAGCCAUGUGCUCCCGUGCGCCGCCCUUCUGUAGGCCCGCCAUGGCACUCCAGGCGCCCCAGCAUCCUGCCGUGGCACCCCAGGUACCUCAGCGUCCUGCGAGGGCACGGGGAAUGCCUGCCUAUGCCCCUGCCCCCUGCCAGAGAGCUGCCCAGGGCGGCGAUCCUCCCGCGGUGCCGGAAGCUAUGCCAGGACCGGGUCGCGCCACAGGGACAUACCCGCCUCUCGACACCGGCCAGUCGGGCAGGGACGCCCUGCCUGGGCACGGGCGAGCUCCCGAGUGUUCCAGCAGGUGUUGUGCGAACAGCAGCCCACGUGUGCAACGUGACGGUUUACAGGAGACUAGACAAGGAAUCUUGAUAGAGAAUAAAAGCCUUAGUUUCCUGAGCGGUUUUCUGAGGUCGAGGGGGCGCGGGGGAGGCGGGGGCCUGGCGCUGCUCGUGGUGGCGGUGGCCCUGGCGGCGCUGGCCGGGCCCUCGCGCGCCGGAAACCCCGACAAGGUCAAGAUGAUCAAGCUGUCGGGCGACGUGAUCUUCGGCGGGAUGUUCCCGAUGCACGAGCGCGGCGUGGACGAGCCCUGCGGCUCCAUCAAGGAGGAGAAGGGGAUCCAGCGCAUGGAGGCCAUGCUCUACGCCCUCGACGAGAUCAACCGCGACUCCCAACUCCUGCCCAACAUCACCCUCGGCGCCCUCAUCCUCGACACUUGCUCCUCCGACACCUACGCCCUCGAGCAAUCCAUGGAAUUCUUCAAGUCGUCGCUCAACCAGGACGUGUCAGACUUCAAGUGCGAGGGAGGCAAGAAACCCAUCUACAACCCCCCCAAGCCUGUCAUCGGUGUCAUAGGAGCAGCUUCUUCGUCCGUGUCUGUCAUGAUCGCCAACAUCCUCAGGCUCUUUAAGAUCCCGCAGAUCAGCUACGCCUCGACGUCGACGGAGCUCUCGGACAAGGCGCGCUUCGAGUACUUCAGUCGCGUUGUUCCUCCCGACAACUUCCAGGCGAUGGCGAUGGUGGAGAUGGUGAGGGCUCUCGGCUGGAAGUACGUCUCCACCCUGGCCGAUGAGGGGGAUUACGGAGAGAAGGGAAUAGCCUCCUUCACGAAGUUGGCGGAGAAGGCUGGGAUCUGCAUCGCCGUCGUCGAGAGGAUCCAGAGAAUCUCCAAACCGGAAGACUUUGACCUCAUCAUCCAGAGGUUGUCGACGAAGCCCCAGGCGCGAGUGGUCAUCAUGUUCGUCGACGAGGAUAACACCAGACGCCUCCUCGCAGCGGCUGUGAAGGCGGAGAAAGUCGGCCAGUUCCUGUGGGUGGGAAGUGACUCCUGGGGCGCUAAGAUCCAUCCCGUCAGAGACCAAGAGGAGGCUGCCCUUGGUGCCAUCACCAUCCUGCCGCGGAGGUCCUCGCUCUCAGGGUUCGACGCCUACCUGCGGUCGCUGCGGCCGAAGCGGCGCGGCACGCCCUGCCUGGCGCCCGGCCCCGGCCCGGGCCUGCAGCGCAACUGCCGCAACGUGUGGUUCAAGGAGUUCUGGACGCAGCACUUCAACUGCACCUUCAGGGAGCGCCUUCCCCCCGGCAGGAAGGCGUGUACGGGCAACGAGACCAUCACCCACGAGCAGGAGGGACUCGUGCCCUUCGUAGUGGAUGCGGUAUAUGCCAUGGCCCACGCUCUGCACACACUGAUUCAGGAUAAGUGUGGAAAUCUGACUCUGUGCGAUGCAGUGUUGCCAUCUCCGUCAGGCCAAGAGAUGCUGCAGUAUAUUAGGAACGUGUCCUUCAUAGGUCAGUCAGGUCGCGAGGUCAAGUUCAACACGGACGGAGACGCCCCUGGCAGCUAUUUCAUCUACCAGUAUCAGAUGGUCAGCGAGAAAUCGUAUGACUACGUUCGCAUUGGGAGCUGGACUGAGAGCUUGCAGUUGAACGUCGACAAGCUCAAAUGGACGCGAGGGCAGCGGGAGAAUCACACGCACCCCUUGUCCAUCUGCUCGACCGCAUGUCCAGCUGGCCACAUAAGGAAUUUCCAGGUAAGGAGAUCACGAGAGAAACGUUAUGAAUCAUUCCUUGUGCCAUCUCGCUGUGUCCUCUGUGUCCAUUUGUCUCCAGCUGGCCAUUACCACGUGCCCUCGUCCGACCUCUGUGACCUAUUCUCGGAAAAUGGAAAUUUACGAUCCGGCAACUCGGCAUGUAGCCCGAGUAUUAACUUCUCCGAAAAUGGCCAUAUAUUAGAAGGGUCCAUGUUGCGCCCUCGUGACCACGUGAGACCCGAAGGAGAACGAUCGGGAUUCACCUGCAACGCCUUCUACGCUGUAAUGACUGCGAAGCUGGUUUAUCCUCAAGCAGGUACACUGGAGGCUCCACCGUAUGAGACUUCCUGGCUUUAA